UUUGUUGCUAUUUUCGCGUGGCUCCGUUUUGAACUCUGUUAAACAUAAUAUUAGCAACAAAAUGUGAUAUUAUCGCGGCUUGUUUUACACACGCGUUUUCUAGUUUCAUUUUUUUUGUUUAUUUUUACCCCCUUUUUUCGUUCGAUUUUGGCGACUUUGAUUUCAGUCUGAAAUUGUCAAUCGGUGCGCCGGGUUCUCCUCCAUUCUCCAAUUGGAACGUGGGUGUGCGACAAGUGUGUGUGUGUGAUGAGCGGGUUCAAUCAACUGCAGUUUUCCAUUCGCUCCCCCGCCCCUUUAAAAGACCUCUUUAAGAAGCUCUAAAUUUAUGCAAUUAAUGCAUAUUAAACUUAUAAAGCAAACUUUGGCAAAAACAACUACGUAACAGCUGCGUUCUGUUGUGUGUGUGAGAAAGAGAGGGAGAGUGGGCAGAAGAGAACAAGAGGCGAGAGAGACAGGGAGAGAGUGAUAAGUGAGAGGAGCGCUUUGUAACGGCACUGCGAAGCCGUAUUUGAAUUCCAGUGACGUUGGAAGAAACAACUGUAAAAGGCAAAAACAAAGACAAUGUUUAUAAGCUAUUUAUUCCGCUUUGAUUGAUAUAAAUGAAUAUGCAGUGCGGUUAGUUAUACAACUGGCCUGCAAAAAGGCACUCAUUAAAAACGCCCGAGAUGAAUUUCACAGCGGCGGCAACAAGUGCAAUAAUAAAAAACCAAAACGCCAAACAAAAUCCCCCCAAAAAGUGCCAACAAGAAAACACAAAAAAUAAUAAUAAUAAUAAUAAAAAGACGGAGAAACGUUAAUUAUAACGAGCCACGAAAUCGCAUAAAGAAAUCAACAAGUGUGUGUCUGCCUUUUUUUCCUAUUCGCUUUCAUUCAUGCGGUCAACUCAACAACAACAACAAGAACAAAAACAACUCAAUAAACAACGACGUUCGCUGAUAAAAGCCCUGCAGUUACACAAAAAACAAUAACAACAUCAGCAAAGAUAGUUGCCGGGCGUUACUAUACGACUAUGUGAUUGGAAUUCCUUCGACCAACUUGUAAAUAAAAAGUAACCAUACCAUGAAGCAUCCGCAGGACCUGAGCGUUACGGAUGGUCAGCAGCUAAUGAAGGUGAACAAGGUGGAGAAAAUGGAGCAGGAGCUUCAAGAGCCUGAAUCGGAGAGCCAUAUAAUGCACGCGGAUGCCCUGGCCUCUGGCUAUCCGGCUGCCUCGCAGCCCCACAGUCCGAUCGGCCACGCCCUCAGUCCCAAUGGCGUUGGAUUGGGAUUGAGCAAUAGUAGCAACCAGAGCAGCGAAAACUUUGCGCUCUGCAACGGAAACGGAAACGGCAAUGCGGGCAGCGCAGGAGGCGGAAGUGCCAGCAGUGGCAGCAAUAACAACAACAGCAUGUUCUCGCCCAACAACAACCUAAGCGGAAGCGGAAGUGGCAGCAGUCAGCAGCAAUUGCAGCAACAACAACAGCAACAGCAACAACAAUCGCCCACCGUCUGCGCCAUUUGCGGAGAUCGAGCCACGGGGAAACAUUACGGCGCCUCGAGCUGUGAUGGCUGCAAAGGAUUCUUCAGACGGAGUGUCCGGAAGAACCAUCAGUACACAUGCAGAUUCUCGCGGAACUGCGUGGUGGACAAGGACAAGCGGAAUCAGUGCCGCUACUGCCGGCUGAGGAAGUGCUUCAAGGCGGGCAUGAAGAAGGAGGCGGUUCAGAAUGAACGGGAUCGGAUCAGUUGCCGACGCACCUCCAAUGACGACCCGGAUCCGGGUAACGGGCUGUCCGUGAUCUCACUGGUCAAGGCUGAGAACGAGUCGCGUCAGUCGAAGGCAGGCGCUGCCAUGGAGCCAAACAUCAACGAGGAUCUCUCCACCAAGCAGUUCGCCAGCAUUAACGACGUCUGCGAGUCGAUGAAGCAACAACUGCUGACCCUGGUGGAGUGGGCCAAGCAAAUACCGGCCUUCAACGAGCUGCAGCUGGACGACCAAGUGGCUCUGUUGCGGGCCCAUGCCGGUGAGCACCUGCUCCUCGGUCUGUCGCGUCGCUCGAUGCACCUUAAGGAUGUCCUGCUGCUGAGCAACAACUGCGUGAUAACCAGACACUGUCCAGAUCCCCUUGUUUCACCCAAUUUGGAUAUCUCGCGAAUCGGCGCCCGCAUUAUUGAUGAAUUGGUGACGGUCAUGAAGGAUGUGGGCAUCGAUGACACAGAAUUCGCCUGUAUUAAGGCCCUGGUCUUCUUCGAUCCCAAUGCCAAGGGCUUAAACGAACCGCAUCGCAUCAAAUCGCUUAGGCAUCAGAUACUCAAUAAUCUCGAGGACUACAUUUCGGAUCGGCAAUACGAGUCGCGCGGUCGCUUUGGCGAAAUUCUGCUCAUCCUGCCAGUUCUGCAGUCUAUCACCUGGCAGAUGAUCGAGCAGAUUCAGUUUGCCAAGAUCUUUGGUGUGGCCCACAUCGAUUCGCUGCUUCAGGAAAUGCUGCUGGGAGGAGAGUUAGCCGACAAUCCUCUGCCUCUGUCGCCGCCCAACCAGUCGAAUGACUAUCAGAGCCCCACCCACACAGGCAACAUGGAGGGCGGCAGUCAGGUGAACUCCUCCCUGGACACGCUGGCCGCGUCCGGCGGCCAAAGCGCGCAUACUCUCGACCUGGAGGUGCAGCACAUCCAGGCUCUGAUCGAGGCGAACAGCGCGGACGAAUCCUUUCGGGCCUAUGCGGCCAGUACGGCGGCAGCUGCCUCGUCCUCCUCCUCUGCACCCGCCUCCGUUGCCCCGGCCGCGAUCUCGCCCCCGCUCAACAGCCCCAAGUCACAACAACAACAACAACAGCAGCAACAGCAACAACACCAGCAACAUGCGACGCACCACCAGCAACAGCAGCAGCAGGAGAGCUCUUACCUGGACAUGCCGGUCAAGCACUACAAUGGCAGUCGGUCUGGAGCGCUGCCAUCGCAGCACAGUCCCCAGCGGAUGCAUCCCUACCAAAGAGCGGUCGCCUCGCCGGUCGAAGUGGCCAGCGGUGGUGGCGGCGGUCUGGGUCUCCGCAAUCCCGCCGACAUUACGCUCAACGAGUACAACCGGAGCGAAGGCAGUAGCGCCGAGGAGUUGCUGCGGCGUACUCCACUCAAGAUCCGAGCUACGGAGAUGCUCACUGCGCCCGCUGGCUAUGGAAUGGAACCCUGUCGCAUGACGCUGAAACAGGAGCCAGAAACUGGCUACUGAACGGAUAAUCAUAGGUGCAAUAUGCAGCUUGCAACACAGGAAACCCUUUAAGCACACACCUUACACACAUACAGGCCCUCUCUUGCUGUACUCCCCACCAAGUGCUAUAUAGAGAUGAAAUUGAAAAUGAACUUACUUAAUUGUUAUGCCUUGAACCAUUUUGAUACUUUUUAUUAGUCCAUAAGUAGGUAUUUUGGAAAUUGUUGCUUAAUUUUUAAAUGUUAAACGCAGUUGCAAUCUAUUUUUGGAGUCAUAUUUUGCUCAAGAAGUUUAUUUUAUACUUAUACAUACAUACAUAUAUACACCAUCUAGCAUGUACUGAGUUUGUUGGUUAUUUGGUUAUCUUAUCCUUGUGCGUGGAUCACAAAGCAUUCAUAUAGGCCAUGCAAUAUAUUGUUUUAGGUUAGGGUGUUGUCUAGAUUAUGCGCUAAAAGUGUAAUAUAUAUAUUUAAUGCUAAACAAAGAACUAUUUUUAUAUGAGUAUGUAUAAUAAUACAAACUAUUUCUAAGAUGGCUGAAUGAAUAAACACAAAAUUCAAAUAAAAA